CCCUCGUUUAGUCCACCUGGGUGUUCUCUCUUCUCCUCUUUCUCCCCAAAUUUUCUCUGCUUUUUUCCAGACUUUCCACAAAUGUAUCAGUUCAUCAAUUUCUGAAACAAUACAAGGUUUUUUCAUUACAUAACUUUGCAUUUUUUGAUUCUUGUCAAGAUCCAACCAAAUCUUUUUGUCGCCAUUGUUUGUUUGUUUUGUUUUCAUGGAUCUUGUAAGUAAAAGCUACGCCAACACAAUCCGAGUCUCGCAACAAGCACUUUCGCCGAUCACAACACCGGGGAACUCAAUCUUGGGCUCCCAUUCACGUUCAUCUGGCACGAGUUUCCCCAUUAUAGCAAUCGCCGUCAUCGGCAUUUUAGCCACUGGUUUCUUGUUAGUCAGCUACUACAUCUUCGUCAUCAAAUGCUGCCUCAACUGGCACCGUAUCGAUCUCCUGAGGCGAUUUUCGCUGUCUCGAAGACAACCUGAAGACACUUUAACGUCUUACUCUCCGGCAGUCGAACAUGGAGGACUCGACGAAUCUGUCAUAAGAUCAAUCCCAAUAUUCCAAUUCAAGAACAAUGGUGAAAAAGGAAGCUCUUGUGAAUGCGCUGUUUGUUUGAAUGAGUUCAAAGAAGACGAGAAGCUGAGAAGAAUACCUAAUUGCAGCCAUGUUUUCCACAUUGAUUGCAUCGAUGUCUGGCUCCAAAGCAAUGCAAAUUGUCCACUGUGCAGGGAGAGUAUUUCAAGCAACACCAUCAAUGGUGGGCCGAGCUCAACUCAACAAGAUCCAAGAUCUACCAUUAAUGGUGAUGAAGAUUAUGUAGUAAUUGAAUUAGGCCAUAGUUCCAUUGAUGAGUUGUCCACCAGGUCUAGUGCUUCAGUAAGUCCACCAAUGAAGAAACAAGGAAGAAAACUACACAAAGGGACAAGCAUGGGGGAUGAAUGGAUUGACACAAGAGACAAGAACAAAGAGUUUGCAGCGAUUCAGCCAAUUAGGAGGUCAAUUUCAAUGGAUUCAUCUGCUGAUCGACAGCUGUAUUUAGCAGUUCAAGAAGCCAUGAGACAGAACAGGCAAGUCGAUGAGGUUAGCCCCAUUGAAGGUUUCAGCAGCAGAGUUGUGAGAAGAUCUUUCUUCUCUUUUGGUCAUGGCAGAGGGUCAAAAAAUGCAGUUUUACCUGUAUAUUUGGAGCCAUAAAAAUUAACCUUAGGGUUCAAACAUUGGCAUAAUUACAAAAUUAGUCCCAAUGCUUCUCUAAAUAGUCAUUUUAGCCCCUAUUCACUUUUUAGUA